GAAUUCGGGCACGAAAUGAGGGACCGCAAUGGUGAUGUUUUUCGGUUUGUGUUAAAGAUUUACUCCAUGGGCUCUUGCUGAAUGAUAAUACCUGCACCACUCAAUGUCAUCUGGGACAAAUUGUUGUCCUAAAUCAGCCAACGCGCAUUAUGGCUGAGAAACCGUCCGAAGAUGGCGUUUUUCAGACGCUGCGGAACUGGGGCGAAAACCCGGUUCCGCCAACACUGCUAGCGACAUUGAUUACUGCCCAGCACUUCCGGCCCUUUCAGCCUCUCCCUAUGAUAUUCCCUCCAGUCUUGUUAUUCUCGAGUUAUCUCAACUUAGCACAGUUCAAGACUGAUGCGGCUGGUAUCACGGCCGCAUGGAGUGGAUUGUACAUGCUAUUGGCUAUGCGAAGGAAACAGCAACUGAAGAACAAACUCACAGUACGGGGCGUCGUCCGCGGCGCAUCGUUGGGUCUUUGCGCCGUCAAUGUUGCUGGGUGUGGUCUCGCGUAUGUACUUGGAAAGACAGAAAAGGAGUCCGAGAAUAGUGCAUGAGCAAACAUGACGGGACAAAAGUGUACCAUCAUUCUUUCUCAGCCUCGACCGCCACUUAAACUUCCAGAAAACUGACAAUUGACGACCAACGAUUCCCAAAGGGGGGGAUCUAGGCGGAUCAGGGUUUCGGUCU